AUGGGUAUAACUAAUUUCUCUAAUAGUGUCUAUAUGCUUAGUAUAAAUGUUGGCUAGUCAAAAACCUAAUUGAAUGUUUAACUUGAUACAGGCUCAUAUGUGUUGUGGUUUGUAAGUAAAUCUUGCUAAGGAUGUGGUGAUUUUUAUCCUAAUAGAUAUGAUUGUAUAGAUAGUGAUGGAUGUACACUGUCUACUAAAAAUAAUGAUAUUACAUUUGCUGAUGGAACAAAAAUUUAAGGAACAGUAGGAUAAGUACCUGUUUAUUUUGAAGAUGGAACAUUAAUUAAUAAUUAAUACUUCCUCUAUGUAACUUAGGGCUAGAAUGUAGCAGCUGGUAAAGAAGAUGGAAUUUUAGGAUUAGGCAUAGUAGACCCUUACAAUUAAUAAGACAAUGCUGGAAUUAGUAAAUAAACUAUAAAUUCGAGGUUGAUUCUAGGUGUUUUAGAUUAAUAAUACAUUAAAUAAAAUUCAACUAUAAACAUAUUUCCUGUAACUUCAAAAGAACAUUGGAGUAUUACAGCAUCUGAGGUUUCUUAUGGUGAUACAGUUAUUAGCUCAUCUGAUAUUAAAGUUUUAAUUGAUUCAGGUACUUCCUAUAUAGCUUUACCUAAAAAUAUGCUUGAUGCUGUAAAAAAGAUAAUGAGUGAUUAGUAUUCUAUAAACUACGAUUCUAAAAUUAGUGCAUUUGUUGGUGAAUGCAGUAAAAGAUUUCCUGCAUUUUCUUUUAAAUUUGAGGAUAUUUAUAAUAAUAUGGUAAUUUAUACUUUGGAAGCUGAAUAUUAUUCACUUUACGAUUCAGAAUAGAAUUAGUGUGGAUUUAUAAUUAUUGAAAUAGACGACGACGAAAUACUAUUAGGAGAUGUUUUUAUGAUGAAAUAUGUUUCAACAUUUUAAUAUUCUCCUAAAUUAUAAGUAUAAUUAGCUUAAUCUAUCACUUAACCUAAUCAGAUACCCUUUUAAACUCAUACUCCUUCUUCAGAUAAUCCUUUCCCACUAUGGGCUAAAAUAAUAAUUCCUAUUGCUUGCUGUUUAAUUAUUGCUAUUUUUGGAUAUUUUAUUUAUAGGUGCUAUUAAAAGUCAAAGCUUAACAAUGCGCUACAAUAAUAGAGUUUUCAAUAGUAAUUAAAACAAGAAAAAUCAUUUACAGUUAACUCAUCUAUUAAUUGA